CCAUUUUUGAUUUGAAAUGGCUCAGGUUUUUACACCAUUGGUGGAAAAAUGUAAAAAGUACGGACGUGCAAUACGUAUUGGAACUAACCACGGGAGCCUUUCAGAUCGAAUUAUGAGCUAUUAUGGGGACUCACCUAGGGGAAUGGUUGAAUCAGCAUUUGAGUUUGCAAGAAUUUGUCGAAAGUUGGACUUCCACAAUUUCGUCUUCUCAAUGAAAGCUAGCAAUCCAGUAGUUAUGGUUCAGGCGUAUCGCCUUCUUGUAGCUGAGAUGUAUGUUCAAGGAUGGGAUUAUCCUUUACACUUGGGAGUUACUGAAGCUGGUGAAGGUGAGGACGGAAGGAUGAAGUCUGCAAUCGGUAUUGGCACACUUCUUCAGGAUGGUCUGGGUGAUACAAUAAGGGUUUCCCUAACUGAACCUCCAGAGGAGGAGAUAGAUCCCUGUCGACGGUUGGCAAACCUUGGAAAGAGAGCAGCUGAGCUUCAACAAGGAGUGGUACACGAUUGCUUAUGAAUGUGCUUUAGGACC